AUGCCCCGCAACACUGCUUUCCACUCGCAGCGUCACGAGCCGUUCCGAUCCCAAAGCUCCCUUGAGCUUCAGCAUGAUUGCAUCACUGGCCCUUUCUCUUUCCUGAACCCCACUCGCGCUGCAUUCAGACAUUCCAUCCCCGAUAGCAAGGGCUCUAACGAUCUCGAUCUUGGUUUGGAAGAAAAAUCCCCCGAGCGGAAGGACGAACAAUUGGCAUCAAACAUCGAGUUGAUAUGGCGUUCUCGAGACAACCGCAAAGGCCGUCAUACUCUCGUCGUGGACCCGUCAUCUGAUCCCUCCGCCCCUUUUCUGGCGCCCAAAUCAACUUCUGGCCUACGAGAAGUCGGUAGAGGCAUCAUCCGGAUGACGAGGCAAUACCCUUACUGGGAUGUUUCGUGGCUCGUUGCCACAAUAUUCACUCUGGGCUCAGUAGUCUGGGUAAUCAACGCCUUUUUCGCCUACCUGCCUCUUGCGCAGCCCAGUACCUUAUUCAAUAACGAGGUCCUGGUAGGGGGAGGAGUUUCUGCCUUCGUAGGAGCCACCAUUUUCGAGAUUGGGUCUGUUCUUCUCAUGAUAGAGGCUGUGAACGAAAAUCAAGCAGGGUGUUUUGGCUGGGCACUGGAGCAAGCCUUCUCAGGCAACGGAGGAGGCAAAGGCAAGCUCAGGAUCAGGCCUGACGAGGACAAAUGUGUCCAUCAUCACACAAACAAGGGCAACUUUGUUGGCAAGGGAUCUGUCAAGGCAUCCUCCGGCGAGGCUCUUUCAGAAUCCCAAGCCUCAUCCAAUGCCGACUUGGAAAAGUCUGUGGACUCGAAUAGUCCCGGCAGAUCAUGGGUUUGGUUCCCAUCAACACAUGACCUGAAGACCCAUUACUUGCGAGAAUUGGGUUUCCUUGCGUCGCUUGCUCAAUUAUGCGGAGCUACAAUAUUCUGGAUAUCUGGCUUCACUGCUCUCCCUGGCAUCAACAACAGAAUGUCCCAAGGUCUACUUGAUGGCAUAUAUUGGGUACCGCAGAUGGUUGGGGGAUCUGGUUUUAUCAUAUCCGGGACGCUUUACAUGCUUGAAACGCAACCGAAAUGGUACAAGCCGGCAUGGGAAGUCCUUGGAUGGCACAUUGGGCUUUGGAAUUUGAUAGGAGCCCUGGGGUUCACCCUUUGUGGUGCGUUGGGUCCUGCAUAUGGCAAUAGCGGCGCCCAAUACGAGGCUUCGUUGGCCACAUUUUGGGGGUCAUGGGCAUUUUUGAUUGGUUCCUUGAUCCAAUGGUACGAAAGUUUGGACAAACAUCCCGUGAUAGAGCGAUCCAGCUACUUGUCGUGA